GUGCCGUGGCUGACCGCCCGGAUUACUUAACUGGCGUUGAGCGUGGGUCCGGGGGGCCGCGGAUCAACAGGGCUGGCGGUGGACCAAUCACAGGGCGGAGUUGCGCCAUACUGCCGGAUGCUCGUUGAGUACUUAACUGUUUGGCUCCCCGGCUAUUUUGGGUUAGAGUAUCUAUCAACCAGCCUACUAUGGUCACGUUACCUUCUAUACCUUCGUUUCAUGCUAUCUGUACAUAGAUAUAUCUAUUCUUCACCAUGACUCUCGAAUCUUUACCUACAGAGCUGCGCAUCCUCAUCCUCCGUGCCCUCGACAAGCAGUCUCUACAUAAUGCCGUCCUUGCCUCCCCUACUUACCACCACACCUACCUCCUAGCCCGAAGAGCCCUGCUCCAUGACCUGGUUCGUUGCCAUUAUGGCCUCGUAGACCUGGCCGAGCCCGUCGCAGCUAUCCGCUCAGAAGGCCUCUACGCAGAUGUCUCCGCCAACAAACAGAAGAUCAUCUCUCUCCUGGACCGUCGCCGGCGACACCGGGAGCUCGAACUCUCCGGCAAGGACCCCUUCGCUGGUGCUCCGGUUAGCAUCGAGGAGAGCAUCAAGUUGCUGCAUAUGUACUGCAAGCUUGAUACCAUUGUCACGGCGUACUGUCGUCGUGCGCCGUGUCCGCCGUGGAUGGACCAGGAUACCUGGAAACAGCAGUAUUUGCCUCUGCAGCUGACGGAGACGGAGCGGGCUCGGAUUCUUCGUGCGUUGUGUCGACUACAAACAUACUAUAAUAUUGUUGGAGCAAGGGAAUGGGUGCCGGAGAAUGAGUCAGGGUCUCAGCGUUUCCGCAAGUCAUCGACCUGGUACCGCAAUUUUACCACGAAUGAGAUCUGGAAUCUGUUCUUUGGUACCAUGGCACCGUGGGAAGUUGAGGAGUUUGGAUCCGUUUGGAUGUUCGCGAGGGAUCAAUACCAGGGGAUGUUUGAUGAGAUUGCGUGUGAGUUUCCGCGCUCUGAUCCGCGGUGGAAGGCUCUCAGGCCUAAUUCGCUGCCGGCGGAGAUGAUGGACUUGUAUCCCAGUGAGGGAGAGGACGAGCCUGCAAACUACAGCUACAGCGACUACUGCAACCAUCUCGUUUCCCUCGGUCCCUGCUUCCUCUACAAAGCUCUCAAACAACCAACUUACAAAUCACGCCGCAACCUCCUUGCCCGCAACGCCAUCGCCUCCAAAUCUUCCUUCAUGGACGUCGUCGAAGUCAUCAAAGACCCGUGUCCUCUCCUCUACCCCGCAGACAAAUACGAAGUCCCUGACAUAGCACGCGUCCUCCCUACAAUGCCAGCAAUGCAGCAGCCAACCCACGGCUGGAAACAGCACUGGCACCGCGACGGUAUCGUGGAGCGUGUUGUCUUCGCAACUCGUCCUCGUGUCACGGUCGACGAAGACGCUCUGGAAGCAUGGCUGGGCGAGGACCUCGAACGAACGAUUGGAUACUUUGACGGAUGGGAAUGGGGAUAUUCGAUUCUGGAGAGCACGCGCUUUCCGGUGGGUUAUGUGAUGCCGUAAUGACCAUACUACAUUUGCAUUGGGAUACUGGGUAAUAUUGCAUAUUGUGAAAAGUUCUUUACUCCUGGGUUAUGGAUUGUGCAUUUGCACUUGAAUUAGCAUAGUUUAAUACCACUUCUGCAUUACGACACGAACACAGUCAAUUCAUACAGUAGCAUUCACCAUCUAUG